AGACUGAUUUUAGUGGGCAUGUGGAAUAGGUUGCUGAAACGCUGCCAGAGGAGGUGCUCGGCAAGAUGAGUGCACCACCAAAGAGCGAUGUACCAAUCAUUACAGCCCAAGAACUUGCUGAGGCUGACGGGUUUGUUUUUGGCUUCCCAACAAGAUUUGGUAUGAUGGCUGCUCAAUUUAAGGCAUUUAUGGAUGCAACUGGUGGUCUCUGGAGAACCCAACAACUUGCAGGAAAACCUGCCGGGAUCUUCUAUAGCACCGGGUCACAAGGUGGUGGACAAGAGACUACAGCGUUGACCGCAAUCACUCAGCUUGUUCACCAUGGGAUGAUAUUCGUUCCCAUCGGAUACACAUUUGGCGCAGGUAUGUUCGAGAUGGAGAAGAUCAAGGGUGGAAGUCCCUAUGGUGCUGGAACUUAUGCUGGGGAUGGCUCGAGACAGCCAACUGAGCUGGAAUUGGAGCAAGCUUUCCACCAGGGGAAGUACAUUGCCAACAUCACAAAAAAGCUCAAGGGAAGUGCUUAAAUUUGGAUUAUAUACCAAUUACCAUAAACACAUUUACAUUACAUGGCCUUUCUUCCAUUCUUUUCACAUUUAGAAUUUGUAUUUCCUAUAUCUCUUAAGGUUUGCAAACAAUAAUUCCCGCUUUUUUUCGUAUAUGAUUUGUACGCGUGUUAUACAUACAGUUGUUUUUUCUCAAUGGUAAAGUUGUUUCAGGUUGCUUUGUAUUCGUAAUUUAAGACGAAAUAUUAUUAUUAGUGUGAGGAAUUGCAAAUGUCUUUUGUUUA